CGCGAUGCCACUGCUGAGUGGUAUUGUCUCGCUGGGAGGAGUGCUGAAGAAGGUGGUGGUGGACAGCGAUGGGCUUGGCGAUCACAAGCAGCCUCGGUUGUUUGGCGAAUUCUCCGAAGGCUGGGAGAGGAACAGAACCACGCUUGCCUCUUCUCGGACGUCGACGUCGCGCGUGCGAUCCCCACCCGCAGAUUAUUACGAUGAUAAUAAACCCCAUCGACCGCGGCGUUCAUCAUCCUUCCCCCAGGUUUCCGAUGCAGAGCGCGCGACUCUGAGAGACAUCAGGCGGAGGAUGUCUUCAUCGGCCUCACGAAAGUCAUCGGCUGCCUCCUCCGCAAGCAGUCUUUCGAAACGACCCAUCGACCCCAUCACACGAACCGCUUUACGAUACACGCUCUCGCCUCGGGAGUACGAGUUGUUGCAUAACUACCUCAUAUCCAAAGCACCGAAGCGGGUCCAGAAACAGACGCCAAAUCCUCAUCGAUUUGAACGGAUAACGAAAGCGAGCAGCGAAAGUGGUGAUUACAAUGUUGCCAGCGUCCGCGCCGCCUUGCGCGUCUACCUUGCGCUGUUCACGGGUCUGAAGAGCAUGGACUUUGUUCUGGACAAAAUUGCGCAACGGAGGGGAACCGUCGAUGUCAAAGCGAAGCCUGCGCCGAGAUACAAAAAUACGCGCAUCGCUCUUUCCUUCUCCACCAUUUUGCUAUUCCAUCGCUUGCUGCAUAGGUUCUUUAAGCGCUUAAGAGCAGCAUUACUCGAAGAGUCGGCAGAACCUUUCCGAGAACGAAAUCCACGCAUCUCGAAAGCAAUAACAUCGAAAUACACACCCGCGAUCGGCGCGUCUUUGGCAGGCUUCUUCCUUGGAAUCGCUCCUGCUGAGCAGUUACGCAUUACUGUGGCCAUAUAUGUCUUUUCUCGGAGUCUAGAGUAUGGCUACAAUGCCUUAUCAACAAGCGGCUAUAUUUGGCCCAAAGGAGAUCGACCGUGGUGGUUUGGCAGCUGGCUUGUCAUGCCAUUUGCUUGCGGACAACUGCUUCAUGCCUUCGUCUUUGAUCGCGAUUGCUUUCCUGAGAGUUACGGCCACUUCAUCUUGAAGAGAAGUCCGGAGUACAUUCAAUUCAGACCAAAAGAUUAUCCUGUUGGCAAGAGCUGGCCUGCCACAUUCGACAUUGUCGAUGGCCUAGCAGAGCUCAGUAAGCUCAAGUGGCCGGCUUUCACCUCGCCUGUACUGUUUCCUGGCAAGAAAGAUACGCUGCCGAAAGGUAUUGCGAUACAGAAGCUGACUCCGAUCAGCGGGCCUGCUCACCCCGGCACCAAGUACACAUCAUGUGCUUUCUUGCAUCCCAAGGAUCCCAGCUGCGCUCGGACUUACCUCAAAUAUUGGAUUGCAGCAUUUCCGGGAGUCGUCAAAUUCUUCACGUUGAUCUAUGGUGCUUUUGGACUUCUGGCGUACAAGGCUUUGGUCAAGAGCCCAAUGCCAGUCUUGAACAAGAUCUCGCAACGCAUUCUGAAGAUGAGUUUGUUCAUCACUGGUUCAAUCGGCACAUCCUGGGGCUCCAUCUGUUUGUUCAACCAUAUUCUUCCCCGAAGUGUGUUGCCCACGCAACGUUUCUUCCUUGGGGGCUUCUUGGGAGGCAUGUGGGCGUGGGUAGCCAGAUCUCACGAGCGGGAUAACUUUAUAUACAGCAUGCGUUUAAGCAUCGAUUCGCUGUAUAAAGUUGGCAAGAAGCGUGGAUGGUGGAAGGGUCUUACGAAUGGCGACGUGCUACUCUUCGUUGCGAGUCUGGCAAUGGUCAACUUUGUUUACGAGAAGCAGCCUUCUGCUGUGCAGGGCGGACUGAUUAGGAAAGUCAUGAGUAUGCAUCGUGGAGAAGGCUGGGUCGACAAGUGCGCAGGGAGCAAGAAGGCGAAAGAGCUCAAGGAAGACAGUAUCAUCGAAGAGCUUGGGGAGGAACAGCAGAAGGCAGAGAAGCGCGACUAGUCUUCGCAUUCGCCGUUUUUUCCUUCGUCUGUACGACUUUAUGUUGCGCUUGCAUGGAGCUGGUGAUACCCCGAUUGUGAAUUCGUAGCGAUAGUGAUGUACAUAGCAAUGUUAACGGAAUGACUGCAUCAG